GUGGAAGGAAAUAUAGGAGUGCAGAAUACCGUAGGGCGAAGACGGGAAGAAAAAGCCUCCAGCGACUGUCUCCAGCCAGCGCCACACUCCCACCCUGUUAUUCCUAUUCUAAAUUUUUGAAUGAAAUUCAUCUAUUCAUUUAGAAUUUCCACACUUCCAAGAAGAUGAUGCAGGCAAUGCGCAGAUGGCAGAAAGACUCAAUUUUGAUUCUCCUGUCCACGAAAAUAGCAGCAGCCUCUGAAUCAUCUGCGACCUAUUCUGCCUGCUUCCAUUCUACUCCGAUCUGGUUGGAGAAGCGGAAGAGCAAGUGGGAGUCCGAUUUCAGAGGAAAUCAACAGCCGCCAAAGUCAAACAAAAAUGCUAUCAGGUAUGCAGUACGUCAAAAACGUGCAGACUCGAGGAAAGCUUUGAAAGAUCUGCUCUUUUAUGGGGGCUCCAUCGAUAACUAUCUUGAGGAAAAAUAUCCGGUAGAAAAUGUGAGAUGGAAUGUACAGCAAAAUGAUGACCCUUUAGACAAGAAAUGUGAACUCAAGAGUUCAGCUCGUAGUAGGACUCGCUUGAGGAGAAGGCAGCGUAAACUGAAGAAACAGUGUUUAUAUGAAGACGAUUAUGAUGAUGAACAUCCAGAGAAAAUAUUUCGAGCAACCUUUGGUGACAAAUCGUACACGUGGUCUUACAAGCCAUGGAAGGAAUUUUCAUUUGAUGGUAAAAAAACUCGAGUUCACCAUGAAGAAGAAAUGAGGGAAUGGAAUGCCAGACAGCAAAGCAAUCACUAUAGUUCAGACAGCAAUCAUAGCAUUAGUGAGUCUUAUAUUGUAGGGUCAUACUCUGAACGAUCAAUUCUAGGUCUUCCUGUAAGGGGCCCUUUGAAGAUUGAGGAUGUCAAGAAUGCUUUUCGCCUCUCAGCUUUAAAGUGGCAUCCUGAUAAGCACCAAGGUCCUUCACAGGCUGCUGCAGAAGAGAAAUUCAAGUGUUGUGUUACAGCGUACAAAUCAUUGUGUGAUGCCCUCUGCCCAGCAUAACCCCCACCACCCAUUUACUCAUUUCAUCUCUAAUCCAAGGAGGCCGGUUAGCUUUAGAACAGGGAUCCAUAAGCUUGCCAAUUAUGAUUCAACAAGGUCUCGUUUUGUCAUUAUGGACGGAGAAGUAUGGAGUGUGGUGUCAAUGAAGUCAGGGGCGUAGCUAGGAUUGAGAGACAUCGUUGGCCUGGCCCACACCAAAUUUCAAUUUUAUUUAAAUUAGUAGGGUGAAAAAACCGUGUAAAACAUCGAAAAGAUUUUUUUUAUACCAGUCCAAUAUACUGCCCAGGGUAGUCAAAAGCGCGCGCCUGAGCGCUUAAGCGCACCAAGCGAGACACAUAUGAGAGUCAGCGACUGUUAGAGUCCCAGGCGCAGCCAACUGAGUGAAGCGCAAGUGAGGCGCAAUAAGCGUAGAAGCGGUGAAAGCCGUAAGCGCAAAAAAGCGCACGCUUCAGUCGCCUGGCCUGGGAAAGGAGUAGCGGCCUAUUUAUUUGUUUGGUCCUACUUUAAAUAACAAGCCCAUACUUAUAAUAAGAUUUAGC